AUGCCAGCACCAGUGGCAGGCGUCAAUGGAAACUGGCUUUGUCAAGCGUGCAACAAUGUGAACUUUGCGUCGCGUGAGUCAUGUAACCGCUGUGGCGCGCCACGUGCCGCCCCUCAAUACCCAGCUGGGAAAGGAGGGUCAGGGAAAAAGGGUCCCCCCGUGGUUGGGGUGGACGGCAACUGGCAAUGCCCUGCAUGUAACAACGUGAACUUCGGCUCCCGUGAUGUUUGCAACAGGUGCGGCUUCCCGAAAGCUGAGCUGCAUUUAGGGACCACUGCAGCUCCAAAGUCAGCAGCAAGGCCCGCUGCGGCGCCGGGGCCUUUUACACCGGGUCAGAGCGAGUGGGCUCAGCCCAGGAAGGGAGCUCCCAUCCCAGGGGUGGAUGGCAAUUGGAAGUGCAGCAACUGCGGCAACGUCAAUUUUGGCUUCCGCGACACAUGCAACCGCUGCGGCACACCCAAGAUGGCGGAGGCUCCGACGGAGAACUGGGCGAGCAGGAAGCGGUCCUGGGAUUAUGCUGAAGGGAAAGGGCAGGCACCCAAAGGAUACCAUCCCAACAAUUGGGAACCCAUGGGCUACCACCCGGGAGACUGGGAGGCCGUGCCAGCAGGCAAAGGAUACCAUCCGGGCGAUUGGGAUGCGCCAGCGGGCAAAGGUUUUCAUCCGGGCGAUUGGGAGGCCGUGCCAGCCAAGGGGGGCCAGAAGGGUGAUUGGGCCGCGCCAGCAGGCAAAGGAUAUCAUCCGGGUGCUUGGGAGGCCCCUCCAGGCAAAGGAUACCAUCCGGGCGAUUGGGAGGCUCCUCCAGGAAAAGGAUACCAUCCCGGUGAUUGGGAGGCCGUGCCCGCCAAGGGGGGCCAGAAGGGCGGCGCCCCCGUCGUCGGAGUGGAUGGCAAUUGGCGCUGCCCUGCUUGCAACAAUGUGAACUUUGGCCAUCGGACGGCCUGCAAUCGUUGUGGUGCUGCGAAGCCCGAUCAAGGUCCCGGCCCAGGCAAGGGCGGAAAAAGCCAGAAGGGCAAGGCGCCGGUGGCAGGUGAGAACGGGAAUUGGAAGUGCCCUCACUGCGGCAAUGUCAAUUUUGCCUCCCGGGACAACUGCAAUCGCUGCGGCAUGCCCAAACCCAAGAUCGAGGAAUCUGAUGAUAUGGAUGCCGUCAGUUUGCUGGAGUCGCUGUUGACGCCGGCGGCGAAGCGUGCCAAGCUCUCUGAGGGCCUUUAG